UCUCUCUCUCUCUCCCUCUUUUAAUUCUCAAUUCCCUCUCUCUCUCUCUCUCUCUAAACUACUACACCUUCUUCUGUUAUAAUGACAAGAAUCAAUCCAAUAGCUUAAAAACGAAACUCCUCAGCCCGUCCCACAUCCCUCGCCCCCACCUCCCCAACACCCCCCGGCCCCUACCGCCCCAUAUUUCUUCCCCUACCUUUGCCAGAAAGCUCUCACUUUGUAAUGCAGAAUUUUUCUCAAAAUCAUUAGCUUUUACUAUUCACUAGAGUAGUUGCAUAGAUAAUUGGGAGCGCUGUCUGUUCCUCAGAUACCAUAUUUUGAAACAAAAGCGUUCAAAAAACAUGUCAUCGGGGUUCUCCGGCGGUGGAGGGCCGGACUUUUUCACCAGCUCUGGAAUCGCCACCGGAAGAUCUACCAAUCCGAUGAUGCCCACCAUGAACAUGAACAUGAACGUGACCAACCCUUCGCAGCUACCCUACAGGUCAGCCCUGGCCGGAAUUCUGCCGGACCCGGCUGCACAGAUCGUCCACCGCGGCCCUGACUUGAUCGGCAAACGAUCUCUGACGGAGUUUCAACAGCAGCAUCAAUUACUCCAACAACAGCAACAGCAACAGCAACACCAGCAGCAAAUGGGUGGCUUAGGACCGCUUUAUAGUAAUCUUCGCAACGUGAAGCCCAGGGUAAACUACCAGCACGCGUCUCCCAUAUCUCCUCUGUCGCCUGUAGAUUUAUCUGUUAUCUCAUCUCUUUCGCCUGAAGCCUCCUCCAUUUCGAAUUCUUCUUCGCCGAUGAACCCUCGCUACGGCCGGCCUAUUCUUCAACAAUUCCGUCCCCAGCAGCAGCUACAGCAACCACAACCACAACCACCACGGAUGAUGAGCAACUGCGGCUUGACUACGACUGCUAGUCUAUCCAAUGGAAACAUCAUCCAACCGGCCAGCUCUGGUGGUAUGCCUAACCGACCUAACAAAUUUAUUCCGUCCAAUAUUAGCAGUAGCAGUAGCGUAUCUUUUCCAAACUUGUUUCACAACCAGCGCGCAGUCGUGCCUAUGCCCAUGUCCGUGGGCAUGGUUACCCCUGGCAAACAAUUGUUCUCAGCACCUCAAGAUCAGACGGAGAACAAGAUGAUGAAUAAACUUCAGGAGCUAGAAAAGCAGCUCUUUGACGACGAUGACGAAGGAGGCUGUGGCGGCGACGCUGUCUCCGUUGUUACGAACAGCGAGUGGUCUGACACGAUUCACAGCUUGAACAUGAUCACCACAACCAACUGCAAGGCCAUUUCUCCAUCUCCGACAUCAUCAUCGUCUUCCUGUUCAUCGACCUCGGCUUCUCCGCCCAUUGCUUGCCCCAAGCAGUCGAUUGCUGAUGUCGCCGUGGCAAUUUCAGAAGGAAGGAUGGAGGCCGCGACGGAGGUCCUCACGCGCCUUGCCCAGGUCGCUAACCCCAGGGGGACUUCCGAACAAAGGUUAACCGCUUACAUGACCUCAGCACUCCGCUCGCGCGUGAACCCCACGGAUUAUCCCCCGCCGGUCACCGAGCUCUACACGGCGGAACACUCGGACUCAACCCAGAUGUUGUACGAGGUAUCACCCUGUUUCAAGCUGGGCUUCACGGCCGCAAAUUUAGCAAUUCAGGAAGCUAUCUCCGGUGAGCAGCCAGCGGACAAGCUCCACGUCAUCGAUUUUGAUAUUGGUCAGGGCGGGCAGUACGAGCAUUUGCUGCACUUGCUUGCGACGAUGAAAGCUGACAAGCCCAGCGUUUUGAAGAUCACUACUCUGGUGGAUUCUGUGAAUAAUGGAGGGGAGGAGAGGCUGAGGGCCGUGCGCGGUAACCUCGAGGCAUUGGCCAACAAGUUGGGCGUGUGCUUGAGCCUCAGAGUGACGAGUUUGAGGAUUGGUGAGUUGAAUCGGGAGAAGUUGGGGGUGGAAUCUGACGAGGCUCUGGCAGUGAAUUUUGCUUUCAGGCUGUACAGGUUGCCGGAUGAGAGUGUCACGACGGAGAAUUUGAGGGAUGAGUUGCUCCGGCGGGUGAAAUGGCUGUCGCCCAAGGUGGUAACCCUGGUGGAGCAAGAGAUGGGCGGCAACACGGCGCCGUUUGUGACGCGCGUGAAGGAGGCGUGCGCUUACUACGGGCUGCUGUUGGACUCGCUGGACGCGACGGUGGGCAGGGAUCGCCCGGACCGAGUCAGGAUAGAGGAGGGGGUGGGUCGUAAGUUGGCCAACUCGGUUGCGUGCGAAGGGAGGGACCGCGUUGAAAGAUGCGAGGUGUUCGGCAAGUGGCGGGCCCGGAUGAGCAUGGCCGGGUUCGAGCUCAAGCCCAUGAGUCAAACCGUUGGUGACUCACUCCGUUCCAAACUCCACUCCGUGACACGUGGCAGUCAGGGUUACACCGUAAAUGAACAGUCCGGUGGUGUCUGCUUCGGUUGGAUGGGACGAACGCUCACCGUCGCAUCUGCUUGGCGUUAAUUCUACUCUUAAUUCUUUUCUUUUGUUUGUUUUUCUUCCUUUUUUCUUUUCAAUUUCCUAGCAAAAUUAUAUAUAUAUAUAUAUAUAAUUAUUACUACUACUAAUAAUUGUUAAAUAUGCUACAUUGGUACGUAUUACUAUUAUUAUAUUAUUAUUUAACGUUACGGUGGCAUUAAGCUUCUCUGUGUCGUGAGGAGAAUGGGUAAGACCCACCCGCCAAUGGGCAGGCAAUAGCAGCCCAGCGAAAGAUAUGUUUGGAUUCCUGGAAAAUCUCUCUGUCAUUUUUUACUUUGUAAUAUUGGGGUUGGGUGUGGGACCGGACGGGGGUUGGAGAGUGGAAUUGAGAAGAAAGUGGUGGUGGUGUUUGGCAAUGUGCUGACUUGUGCGGUGGAUUACUUUGCUCUCAACUCAAGUGUCAAUGGAUGUGGGCUCCAUUAGUUAGAUUAUAGUAUAUUUUGGUUAUGGUUGGUCUCUGUUUGGGUAGUUCUAGUUGGGUGGAUUACGUGUACUAUUCACAUUGGGUAUGCUUAUGGACCACAAUCUUUUUCUUUUUUUUAAA